CGUCAACUCCUCCCUAUUCCAUUCCCUUUUCUCCUCCUCCUCCUCCUCCUCACCGCCGGCGGCGAGCGGCCGGCCGGCGAGCAGAGCAGAGCAGAGGAGAGAGCCGACCUCCAUCUGGGCUCCAAUCGAAGCUGAAGGUAUCCGCUUUCCCCUCCUCCGCGCCUCGUCGUAGUUUGGGCAAAAGAAGUUUUGAUUUUUUUUAUUUAUUUUGGGUGCUGAGGAAGAGUGUAAUUAAGCUGUGAGGAUUGAGAAGAUGGAUGGAGGUGGGACGCCGGAUGGGGAUCCGGUGCCGGACAUGGACAUGCUCAUGCUGUCAUCAGCGCUCGAUGGCCUCGACAGCUACACCGACCUCGUCGCGGGUUCAUCGGUAGCCGACAGCAUCUUCUCAGCUCUUACCUGUUUCCCACCAUCACAAGAACGAUUGCUGCACGUCUCGACUCCUGUGGGUUCUAAUUCUAGGCAAGAUGAUUCUGAUGUUUCCAUCACUAAGGAGGGUACAACAACAAGAAGAGGUGAUUGCGCCGCCGGAUUAGCUUCAGGUGAGCCGGUGGCCGCGGGAAUUGGCUCUGUCCCGAAGCCGUUCGACGGCGUCACACUGACGGAGAGGAUGCUCAGGGCGCUUGCGAUGCUCAAAGAGGCGUCGGGUGGCGAAGCGAUCCUUGUGCAGGUCUGGAUGCCUGUGAGGAAUGGGGAGCAGCAUGUGCUGACUACCUCUGACCAGCCGUUCUUGCUCGAUCAGAAGCUUACGGGAUACAGGGAAGUCUCCAGGCAGUUCACAUUCUCGGCUGAAGAAGGACCCGGUCUGUUCCCCGGAUUGCCCGGCCGGGUUUUCAUGUCCGGCAUGCCAGAGUGGACGUCGAAUGUGAUGUACUAUCAUGGCUCGGAGUAUUUGAGGGUUGAUUAUGCUAGGCGCCACGAGGUCCGUGGAUCCCUUGCGAUGCCGGUUUUCAACUCAAGUGGUGGGUCUUGCUGUGCAGUGUUAGAAGUAGUAAUGACACGAGAGAAGGAUAACUUUUGCUUAGAGAUGGUCAAUGUUUCGAAUGCUCUGCAGUCUGUUCAGUUAAGCACUGUCAAUGCAUGGAGACAUUCUCAGAGCUAUUCAAGGGACCAGAAAUUAGCAUUGAUGGAAAUAUUCGAUGUUCUGCAAGCUGUUUGUCAAGCACACUUGCUACCUUUGGCACUUGCAUGGAUUCCAGUUUGCUCCAAAAGAGAUGUGCUUGUGUCAGUAGAAUAUGGUGCAAAUUUUGGUAAAAGGAACAAAGAAGUGCUUUGCAUAGAGGAAUCUGCAUGUUAUGUCAAUGACACGAGAAUGCGUGAUUUUGUCCAAGUCUGUGCUGAACACCCCCUUGAGAAAGGACAAGGUGUCGCUGGAAAUGCAUAUUUAUCAAAUAAUCCCUUCUUCUCAUCUGAUGUGAAGGAUUAUGAUAUGCACGCUUAUCCACUUGUCAAUCAUGCCCGUAAAUUUGGUCUUCAUGCUGCUGUUGCAAUUAGGCUGCAGAGCACAUACACCAAAAAUGAUGACUAUGUGCUUGAGUUUUUUCUUCCAGUCUUGUGCAAAGGUGGUGGAGAACAACAGCUCUUACUUGACAGCAUAUCUGCGACUAUGCGGAGAGUAUGCAAAAGUCUGAGAACUGUUUCAGAUGCUGAGUUGAAGGAAGAUGUUACAAGAAAGCCAUCAAAUGAAAAUCGAUCAGGAACAAGAUGCCCUUCACCUGUUAACCUUAUUUAUUCAGGCCGAGAAAUUGAUGUAUCGAAUGAAACAAAAACAAAUACGCCUUUGGAAUAUCAGAUAGAGGGCAUUGAUGAACAACUAUCAGAUACAAAAAGUACUAACAAGUUAAUAAAGUGUAGCAAUGCAUCCGACGGAGAGAAAAGACGCAGCUCAACAGAGAAGAGUGUUAGCUUAAGUGUCCUCCAGCAGUACUUCUCUGGCAGCCUGAAAGAUGCUGCAAAGAGUAUUGGUGUUUGUCCUACUACGCUGAAAAGGAUAUGCAGACAACAUGGAAUAUCAAGGUGGCCAUCUCGUAAGAUAAAGAAGGUAAACCGAUCCCUAAAGAAGAUCCAGAACGUCAUAAGUUCAGUACAUGGAGUCGAGGGAGUGCUGAAAUAUGAUCCUUCCACUGGAUGCCUUGUUUCAUCUGUUUCCCCUUCCAUAGAGCCUGUAUUGAUGAAUGUUGAACACAAAGGUUCUGAUCCCCUACCUAUUGAAUCUGAACUUCCACAUUUGAACUUCGAACCUGACUGUGAUGCAUAUCGAAGAGAACAUGCAGGCCAAGAUGUACUCCACAAACUGCAGAAUAAGCAAAAUGGUGAAAUUAAUUUUGACAUGGACGAUGGAGAAUUAUUUCGAAACUCACAUUCUACCAGAACAUUGAGUGGGGCAUUCUGUGAGGAUAUGCCAAAUGGUUUAUAUGUUGCAAGGGAAAUGACUUGUGUUGCGAAAACUGGCACGAGGACGGAGAGACUGGAGCACAAACCAUCAUCAAGGGAUUCUUUUUCUGCGCCACAAGAAUACAGAAUGGAGAGUGAGACUGACAAGAGCAAUAAGAAUUCCAAACAAAGCCUACCGUCCUCUUCCAGCAUGACAGAUUGCUCCACAUCAAGCGGCGAAACUUUCAAGAGCAUCAAGAGUCAGUCAGCUAACGAAAGCAACAAAACCGUCGUCGUAAAGGCGAGCUACAAGAAUGACACCAUAAGGUUCAAAUUGCUACCAUCCAUGAAAUACGAGCAGCUGCUCGAGGAAAUAGCGAAGAGGCUGAAACUGUCAAUUGGCCUAUUUCAGCUCAAGUACAAAGACGAUGAGGGUGACUGGGUGAUUUUAGCGAGCGAUGCGGAUCUCCAGGAAUGCCUCGAGAUACUUGACACCACCAGGUUGCGUAUCUUGAAGCUUCAGGUGCAAGAUGUUGUGUGUCCUAUCGGAAGUUCGUCAGGUAGCUGCUCCAUGUUACGUCCAUAGGUUAGGAUACUACUACAAAUGCAAAAAAUGAGAAACCAAUCGUGGAGUUCUACUUAUUUUGAGUAAUUGUACAAAAGGACGUAGGUAUCUUGAGGAAAGCUAAGGUGCUAGUUUUGGUUUAUGAUCUUGAAUAUUCACAGUAUGGUGCUUUGAAACAUGUACAUAUUUAUGAAACCCGGUGCAAUAGAGUCGAAGGAUGUUUGCAAAUUUUGCUUUUUCACUA